AUGAUCAAGAUGUCCGGCCUUGCCUUUGUUGAUGAUGUGCAAUUGUGUCAGAUUUCGUCGGGUCCUUUGCGACUACCGUCGAGCUUUGAUUGCCCGUCGACUCGCAUCACAUCGCAUCGCACUGCACUCACGAUCUAUUCGUGGCCAACGAUGAGAUUUUCCAUCUUUGCUGCCGGACUCGCUCUGGCGAGCUCAGUCUCUGCACUCACACCCGACAGCACGGCGACGACCAACAUCGAUGGCGGCGUGCGAAGCUACAGCGCUGCACAAAAGGCGAUUGUGAAUGCGUUCAUCAAGCAAGUCAAUAGCGAUAAGGGCUACUACUCUGGCACCGUCCUCUGUACCGCGCUGGACCCAGCAGUCUACCUGAAGUACUUGGCAUACGCGGACUACAUGGGCGCAGCGGGCUUCCGGAGAAUCCUCAAGACCACAUCGGCGCACUACUACAAGCUCGAGCUGAUCAACAAGGACGGAUCGUCGUCGUUCUACAAAGUCCCAUCGACAUCCGGCCUGCUCGCCAGCUGGGCAAAGACUUGGGGACCCGCUGCCAACCGUGCAGGCAUGGUCACAUUCGCCAAGCGCGAGAUCAGCGGUCACCACAAUGGCCUCGAAAAGCGAUGGUGGUCGUCCCCCGCACAAGCCACACAAGUCUGUGCAUCGAUCGGCAAAGUCUACAACCAGGCCAUCAAUGACUGUGUCGCCAAGGGCACAGUCAGUACUUCCAAGUGCCCGAACCCAGAAUGGGAAUGCUACGAUGCCGCUACGAAGAAGUGCUUCUCCGUCUACAGACAUCCGUCUGCGCCUGCCUGCCAAUGUGUCGGCAAGACAUACGACAGCAAGCAGAACAAGUGUGUUGGCGGCAGCAGCGGCGGCUCAGCGACACCUUCCAAGACGCCUCAACAGCCUUGCUAUCUCUGCUGCCCUUACCCUUCGACCUACACGAUCGUCAACUCUCUUUCCGGCAGCCAAUGUCUGACGAAGAACAAGAAGCCCGGCAUCUGCAGCUACGUAGUCGCACCGCAAUCAUCUUACUCGAGCUCGUCAGACUCCUCAACCUGCAACAAAGUCACCAAGAGCUACAGUAGCGGAGCGAGCUGCCCAGAUAUCCAAUGUCCGUCGCAAAACGUUCACGUGCUCGAAUGCCGAAUCUGGGCCCAAAGAACCCUCGAUAUGUUGCUGCCCUUCGCUGUUGUCUUCACUACGCUCUCUGUCACUCCCUCGAACUCACCGGUACCGCUUUGUCUCUGUCGAUGCUUUGACAAUCUUAGCACGAGUGCCAACUCCAAAUGCCAGUGCCAGUGCCGAGCUCCUCUUCCGAUCCGCACAAAUAGCAGAGAUCGAGCGAGGCAGCAGCUCCGCGCUCGCACUAUAAUACCACACAACCUCAAAGGAUACCAUGCCUAG